CACCCCAAGGUUCACCAGCCUACUCCCCAGUCGCUAUUUUCCCGCCAUUGCGUGCGCGUGUGUGUGUGAUAGCCGACAGUGCCCUACACUAUUCCCGGGGUUGUUGAUAUAAUACAACAUUUCUUUACCUUCAUCUUGUGGUUUUGGUGAGACCACCACAAGGUAAUCUUCUUGCACGACCAGAAUUAUGACAGAGAAGAGCAGUAGGGUGAUGGCGGCGAGGGGUACCUACAGCUACGACACGGUGGGGGCCAACCCUGGAGCCGUCCACUUUCUCACCACAAUCAUCAUCGCCUUCAACGUCUUCUUUGCUAUCUUAGGGGCGACGAUGCUGGCGCUGGGGUUCUGGCUCACCCUGGACAUCACCUUCAAGAACUGGGUAAUAGACCUGGGGAUGGAGCGCUUCUGGGUCGGGGUGUACAUCCUGAUGGCUGCCGGCGUGCUCGUCAUGCUCCAGUCCUUCUUCGGUAUCUGCGGAGCAUUUCAGAGGAAAGGCAGGAUGCUUGUCGUGUUCUGCGGGAGCUUGGUGAUCUGCUUCGUAUUGGAGAUCGUUGGAGGUACGUAUAUGCUGGCCAACGGGAUCCAACACUCGCUCAUCGAGGACUGGUUGCACAAUCGCUUCUAUCACUUCAUCGACGUGUUCGACCAAGACGAGGGUGCCAGGAGGAUCAUGAAUAUUAUCCAGCAAUAUGUCGGGUGCUGUGGGGUGGAAGGCGUCAUGGAUUAUACUAGAUGGCACAAAGUAGUCCCAGAGACCUGCUUCGACCAAGUCACCGGCAACGUCUGGUACUUGAGCGGGACAGGGUCGGUGGGUUGCGUCAGGAAGUUCACCAGCUAUCUAGAAGGUAAGGCUGGCUGGAUCGCUGGCCUUGCCUUCUUUCUCGCCUUCUUCCAGAUAUUCAGCUUCUUCGCAGCUUUUUGUCUCAUCAAGCUGAAGAGAGACUACCAGAAGAGUCAGGAAUAUCUCGAUCGUUAACGGGUGCUAUUAUCUCUCCCCCCCAGCUGCUAUUAACUCUCCUCCUAGCUGCAAUUAACUCUCCUCCUAGCUGCUAUUAACUCUCCACCCCAGCUGCUAUUAUCUCUCCUCUACAGCUGCUAUUAACUCUCCUCCCCAGCUGCUAUUAUCUCUCCACCCCAGCUGGUGCUAUUAUCUCUCCCCCCCAGCUGCUAUUAACUCUCCUCCUAGCUGCAAUUAACUCUCCUCCUAGCUGCUAUUAACUCUCCACCCCAGCUGCUAUUAUCUCUCCUCUACAGCUGCUAUUAACUCUCCUCCCCAGCUGCUAUUCUCACUGACUUAACUCUUACCUCUGGCUGACUGACUUAAGCUGACGCCUGUAAUUAAUUCAUUUAAGCUGACAUUUCUAGCUGACCGAAUUAAGCUGAUGUCUCGAAUUAACUACCUGACUUUAAUUGAAGCCUCCAAGUGACUGAUUUUAAACUGUCUUGAUUUCCUGACUUAAGCUGACGUCCUGACUUCAACUGAGGCCUCCAAGUAUAGUGGACUAAAAGUAAUGCCUCAAACUGAGUGAGAAAGCUGACGCCUCUACAUUAAAUGAUUGACUUAAACUGACGUCUCUGAAUUAAAUUGAUGCAUCUAAAAUUCUAAAUGAAUCUUGUUUCCUUUAACUAACUGACUGAUUGAUUGACUGACUGACUGACUGACUGACUUGAACUGAUUCUGCUGACUGACUCUCUUAGUCUCUCCUACAAACGGAUGAGAAGUUAAGUGGUCUUCAUUACGGUUCUAUCCAGUUACGAGGAAAUAAAGUCACCCAUUAAUUCUUUUGAAAAUCCCGCCAAGAAAAAGAGCGCCACCACGGGCAGAAAGGUGGAAGAAGAUCGCCUGGUGCAUGAUUCUUCAAGAGUAUGGCUGCGGACUGGAAAAACGAAACGCCAGGCACUGCUGUUUUCUUGUGCUGGCGUUGCUUUAGUGAUAAAGGAUGAAGGCUCUUGUAUUGAUAUUCACCACGAAGAACUACCAGUAUUAUUUGAGUUGUCUUAGGACGUUUCUUUCUUGUUAAAAUCUCCAGAACUUGUAAUCAGAACCAUCAGUAUUGUGUUAGCGGCUGUAGAACCACUGUACCUUAUUAGAAGGUUCAGAACUACCAAACAGAACUGUCAAUGUACUGUCGUGUUUGUGUUCGGUCAUCGUGUCUUGGUAGAAACUUGUAGAACUAACCGCUAGGAACUGCCAAGACAUUUAUCUUUGUUAGGACCUCUUCAGAAACUAUCACAAGACUACUAUAUCAUUCUAGAACCUCAAGAACUAUCGCUACAUCUUCAUAAUGCCUAAAGCAGAACUCAAGAGCAUACUAUCUUGUUAAGGCCAAGUACUAACCCCCUAGAACAGUUCUCUCUGGCUAGGACCUCUAUACAGUACCCUUCUAUUUGGUUAGGAUCACCAUCACCUAUACCUGGAACCUCUAGAUUAACUUGAAGGGUCCCUGAAUCUUAGCUUUGCCUUAGGUCUAGGUUGAUAGUCCAUUGGAAGUUCUGUAUAGAUAAUGAUUUUUUUUUCACCUAUGAUAUGUAUGUCUGUAGUGUUAGUAGAAUGGUGAACAUUUAUAUGCAUCACCUGUAACUUAGUUUUAUAAACGACUCGGACUGUUGUGUAGAUAAUAUUAUUUAGUUAUUAAGUAUAUGUAGCUAGAAUGUUUACUUUAACACCUACAACCGUGAAGGAUAACUACAACACUCUCUUGGAGCAUCUGCAACUCUUUAUCUUGUACCUCGACAUCACAACUUGCACUGUUCCUCCUACCUCCUACACACACUGUUACUCUACCUCCUACACACACUGUUCCUCUACCUCCUACACACACUGUUC